AUGGCCGAUGAUGCUCAGGAGGACGUUCGUGAGCGUCUCAAAGCCGCGCUGUGGUUUGCGGUUGGCAAAAUGGUCGACGAAGAAAUGUUGAAGCGAAACCGCAAUGUCACCCCACAGUUCAUCGGUGCCUUGACCGAGAUGGUCUGGGCACAGAUCGAGAAUGUUGCAAUCGAUCUCGAGAGCUUCAGCAGGCACGCUGGAAGGUCCACCAUUACUACGGAUGAUGUCCUCCUACUCACCCGGAGAAACCAAGAUCUCCACGACAUCGUAAAGGACUUCGUGAACGAAAGAAAGGCAGCCAAGGCGCAGUCCAAGCCUAAGAGAUGA